AUGCUGUUCAACCUGGUUAUGAUCGGAGUGGCUGAGAAGCUCGCAGACAUCGAAGACGUCAGGCACACCGUCUACGCGGACGAUAUCACGCUGUGGGUGACCGGCGGCAGCCACGCCCACAUCGAGGGCGCGCUGCAAGCCGCCAUCGACGCGAUAGAAGACCAGCUGGAAGACGACAAAAGGGUCCGAAACACGCCACUUCGCCUGAACGUCUUGGAAGGCGAGCCGACGUCACUUCCGUGCCCCAUCAACACGGUAACCCGUGAGCCAAUCUCAGCCGUCUGGUUCCACGUCUCAACCCACGCCUACAAAGAUUACGGCAGCUCACCGUACUACACCAGCGGCCACCUGCAGGCGAAGAGGGUUUACGCAAUCGAAGCGCCAGAACCGUCCGCCACGGCGUUGGGAGGAACUGGCGGCCUCGUGGACGGAACGCACUGGAAGCGCCCAUCUUGGUCUGGCAGGGCGUUCUUCUCGCUUCUCAGCGACCCGCCUGCUUUGCGGCUCAACCGCUUGGAGCGCUCCGACAGCGGAAACUACGAUUGCAACGUCACCUACCACGACAACGUCACUUCAGCCGCGGUAGUGGCGACGGAGUCCCGCGUGGAGCUUUUCGUGGCCGGCGACCAUGACGUCAAGCUCACGUGGUACCAGAACGGCACACAUCUAGGGACGGCCUCCGGAACAGUGGCGACAUCUGGCGGUGGCUGGAAGAACCUAGUCACCGUGGGCCCUCUGAGUCGCCGCGAUCUGCACUCGAACAUCACCUGCAUCGCAGCUAGCAACGUCUCGCUACCCGGAUCAGCCACGGUGCUUCUCGAUCUAUACAUGGCACCAACGGCAGUUAUCAUCUGGACCUGGCCCGCGCAGCAGACUAACACCCCUUCAGGGUGGAUCGGCCUGCCCGGCACAGCUACACAGCGCGAGCCACCGAAUAACACCCCCGCAGCGGAUGCGGUCCUCGGAUCCAGCAUUCCGUUGUCCGCGGAUGGCAAGGUGGCAAAAAGUGAGGCUGUGGCGCCUUCCGAACGCUUCCCCGCGAAGUCCAGGAGCUUCGAGUGCGAAGCCACUGGUAGCCGACCGGCGGCAAACGUCACGUGGUUUAUGGAUGGCACGGCAGUGGACCCGGCUUUCAGCCGAAGCGUGAGCGAGGGCAACGUGACCACGAGCAUGCUUCUGCUGCCGGCGUCGGCCCAGUCCGGCAGGCUGCUCGAGUGCCGCGCCAUCAACGGCAACCUGCCCGAGAGCCGAGGCGUGCUCAGCCGCUUCCUCAAAGUGCACACGUCGCGUAAGUGA